AAUUAUACUCCAGGAGCAGCCCAAAUGAAAUGUCUAAAUCUCUCCCUACUCUGCAGAUAGUGCCUGUUUCAGUUGCCUUGUCCUCACAGGCUAAUAGUGUAUCCAUUUUCCUCCAAUAUUCCCAGGGGCUGCUGUAACGUCAUCAGGCCUGAGCUGCUUAAACUUCGGUGGGUGGGAGGGAGAGCUGGUGGAGAGUGAACACUCGAACGCGGAUCUAAUAUAAAGAUAUGCUGUGAAUGUUUCAGGGACUGGCAGUGUUUACCUUGAGCAGAAAGAUUGUGGGCGCAAUGCAGCUCCUAACUCGUCUGGUCGCUCGAUGUUACAGGAACAAAUGGUCUUCACUCUUUCUCCGGAUAUCCACCCUGUGUUUACUCACUGCCACAGGGCACCCAGGUUUGUUUCCACAACCUCUCCGUCUGCUUCACUCUGAACCGAAGUCGCCUUGCUUGACCGGGCCCAGCCAGAGAACCCCCUCCAGCCCAGCUGCUUUCUCAACCUCAAUAAAUGCAAGGGCCCAGUCGAUUCUGAAGAGGCAUUUGGAAGAGACGCAGGAGGAGUUUGGAGGUCAGGGAGAAAACGUCAAAGGGGCACAGCUAUGUGGCCGGGAAGCGAGACGGGGGAUGGACUAGCCGGCCAGACGCUGGCUGGCGACAGAGAGAGGAAGAGAGAAGAGAGGAAGCAAAGGCCGACAGAGUCUCUGAGGGACCAGGACGGCGCGAGGGCAGGGGGCAGCCAGCAGAGGGUGGGUGCCGGGCAGAGCAGCAAGGAGCACCUGGAGAAGGUAGAGAACGUGGUGACGGUGGUGGUGAAGGUGGUGGAGAAGGUGGUGGGCGAGCUGGUGGAGAAACUGAACGCCGACGGGGUGGUGGGCAAGCUGGAGGAGAUGCGCGAGGGACUGUGGAGGGCACGGGGCGAUGACCCAAGCCAGGGCUCAGGUCAGAGGAGGGCCCCAGGAGCAGGAGGAGGGACAGGCGAAGCAGAGAGGGACCCUGAGUGCGCCCAGGCUCCCUCCACACUGAACCAGCAGAAGGCGUUCCACCAAGUCUUUGACAUCCUGACAGCGAGGGCGGGCGGCCAGAUCAACCUCCGAGGUUUCCAGUCACUGCUCAGAGAUGAGGGCUUCGUCGUCAGCGAGGCCAAGGGUCAGAAGGCCUUCCGUUGCCUGGACGACGACCGGGACAGGCAGCUCGGCUUUGACGACCUCUGCCAGGCUCUGACCAACAGCGACCUCUUCCUGCGGUUUGUGUUGGAGCUGCCCGACAGCUGCCCGACCUGCGAGGUGCAGAAGGGCUACGUGGGCGACAGCGUCUUCUUCGAGAUCCUGCUCAAGCUGCUCGCCCGGCAGGUCAUCUCCGAGGAUUCGGCCGCCACCAUCACUCGCCACUUCUACCUGAAGAUGCGCAGGGCCGGCCUCAAUGCCAAGGGCGGCAAAGCCAAGGCCGUCAACUCCUUCCUGGGGAUGCCCCUGCGAAGCAUCCAGGCCCUGAUCGAGUCCUCGGGACCGGACGAGGUAGCCCACCAUGGUCAUUCCCUACCCGGCAAUCUGGUGGUGGCCUUCUUUGAGGUCUUCCAGAUGUUGACUGGGGACCAUGGCAGCUCCAUCAGCAGUGAGGACCUGCAGGAUGUCAUGUACCAGAUGCAGAUCCCCCUGAGGAACCCCCUGAUCCCGGACGAGCUGAAGUUCGGCGCAGUCAACGGUGGCCGCGAGGUGGACUUUGAGGCCUUCCUGUCCAUCAUGUCUGACCAGGCCACCUUCGCUGCGUUCCUGGCGCCGCAGUGCCCGGACUGCAGGCCUCCCAGCUCCCCAGAGCUGCUCCCCUUCCGGGCCCUGCUGAAGCUGGUGGCCCCAGGCAAGCCCGCGCUCAAGGCCCGCAGCAAGGCCAUCCUCGCCAGCUACUUCCAUGAGAAGUUCCGGGCCUUGCCUCACCCCCUCCCCGUCCCGGCGCCCACCACCCCGCCUCCAACAGCCCCCCGCCUCCUCCCAGACUCCAGCAGGGACCCGGAACCAGAGCAGGCGCCACCAGAUUCAGGGGAAGGGCAGGGACCUGCGGCAGCGCUGAGGAGGGAUCCCUCUUGCCAGGGGACUGGCCAAACCAGUGGCCAGAGGCAGGGCAAGGCCUCAUCAGUCAGCAGGAACGGCAGGGGCAAACGUCUGCGCUACCGGCUGUUCAAGCCCACUGCCAGGGACCCGUACCUCCAGCAGGUCUUCCAGGAGUACCUUGGCGCCAGCUGCAGGCAGCACAAGGCCCUGCGAUACCCAACACUCAGGCACAGGACUACAGACAAAAACACGGACGACACUCAGCAGACAACUCAGAGUUGAAACCCAAACCUGAUCCCUUCAGACAUCCCACACUCCCCAACCCCCCCCCACCACCUCCCUCUUCCCAGUCUCCCCCGCAACUAGUUUAGCCGAUUUACCCGAGAUAUUUUUCAUUACAUC